AGGGCCCUCACCAAAAUAUCAGUUGGUACAUCUGCUACACCUUCUUUUCCACUAAACCGCAAUGGCGCCGACGGCUGAGAAGAAGACCAAAACGGUUAAGGGGCUGCCUGCGGUCCCUGAGUCCGUUUUAAAACAUCGGAAGAAGCGCGAUGCGUAUAGGGCAAAACGACUUCAGUCAGCAAUCAAAAAGAAGUCUGAACAUGUGAAGAAACGAAAAGACAUCUUCAAGCGUGCCGAACAAUAUGUAAAGGAGUACAGGCUCAAGGAACGCGACGAAAUUAGGUUAAUUCGUCAAGCCACAAAUAGAGGAAACUUUUAUGUUCCAGGAGAAGCCAAGUUAGCUUUCGUAAUCCGUAUCAAGGGUAUUAAUAAAGUGGCACCCAAGGUUCGCAAGGUCCUCCAGUUGUUCCGUUUGCUCCAAAUCAACAAUGGCGUGUUUGUCAAGCUGAACAAAGCCACCAUCCACAUGUUGAGAAUUUGCGAGCCCUACAUUACAUGGGGUUACCCUAACUUGAAGUCCGUUAGGGAACUUAUCUACAAGAGAGGUUUUGCUAAAGUAAAUGGGCAGCGUAUCCCAAUUACCAGCAAUCAGAUUAUUGAAAACCGUUUGGGACAAAGUGGGAUCAUUUGUAUGGAAGAUUUAAUUCAUGAAAUUUUCACUGUUGGACCCAAAUUUAAGUAUGCCUCAAACUUCUUGUGGCCCUUCAAGCUAAACACUCCAACUGGUGGAUGGCGCAAGAAGACAAAUCACUAUGUUGAAGGAGGAGAUUUUGGUAACCGAGAGGACAAAGUUAAUGAACUCCUUAGAAGAAUGGUCUAAGAAAUGAGACAAGUUUAUACAAUAAAUUAUAAAAGUUGAA